CCAAGGGUAUUUAAGAUAUUUUUCGUUUCCAAUAGCGUGCAUGCAAACGUGAACGUUCCUAAAACCCGCUGGACUUUCUGUAAGAAAUGUGGCAAGCACCAACCCCACAAAGUGACACAGUACAAGAAGGGCAAGGAUUCUCUGAAUGCCCAGGGAAAGCGGCGUUAUGAUAGGAAGCAGAGUGGCUAUGGUGGGCAGACUAAGCCGGUUUUCUGGGAAAAGACUAAAACUACAAAGAAGAUUGUGCUGAGGCUUGAGUGUGUCAAGCCCAACUGCAGAUCUAAGAGAAUGCUGGCUAUUAAGAGAUGCAAGCAUUUUGAACUGGGAGGAGAUAAGAAGAGAAAGGGCCAAGUAAUCCAGUUCUAAGCAUCUUUUAUUUAUUAUGAAGACAAUAAAAUCUUGAAGUUAAAAAAAAAGGAUAUUUAAGAUACAUUUUGCUCCAAUUUUCACCCCUUCCCAUAAAUAUUCUUUUCAACAGUGAUAGUUUUUUGGUCUUGUUUUUUAGAGACAGGGUCUCACUCUGUUACCCAGG